CGGCGACGACUCUCACCUCCUCGUGGUGCCGGCUGGGAACCUGGGAAUGCCUUUGCCUCCGAGGCAUUCGCAGAGCUAAGAAGAGUCAUCACCGACCAGCACUUGUCCGCUGGUUUGGGCGGUGGUUGCGCGAUAGGGCUCACGAGCCCUACCCUCCACAAGCAACAAGGGAACACUUUAAAAACCACCCGAAACGCGACCGCGAAAUCGAGCCUACAAACGAUGAACAUAUGGGUCGUGGAAGAGGACACCCUUGGGGUGCUUCUGGGCUGCUCUGUUGUAAGGACACCAAGACGCGCCGGAUAAGCGACAGGAAGCGUGAUAGUCACGGCGAAAACGAACGAGAAGGAACGGCACUCUUGAACCCGCACAGAGAACGACAAGGCACCUUGAGAGGAUGCAAGUGGACAAACUUCUGCGAGACACGGUCGGCCUGGCAAGAGAGAUCUUGCGAGGUAGCGCGAAACAGACUUGACAAUCUGCGGGGCGCGGCAUAUAAUGGAAGCGACGGAAGGCUGGGUGGGCGGACUGCAGUUACGACACUUUCUAUAUGGCCCGAGAGGACGGACGCGCGUGUCGGUCUACCGAGAGGACAGGAUCCUGAAGAUGGCCAUCGAGGAUGGGGCUUUGGGUUGGCUGUGGAGGUGGGCUUAAGGAGCAAACUGGUAUUGACUUGCGAACCGGCAGUGCCCCGCGCAAGGAGCGGAAUAGGAUCCAAGGGGAUGCAAGGUAGAGGGUCUAUGUAG